AGGUUUAUUACAAGCAGAGAACAGAGAUAAUUUAGAAAGAAAAAUCCAAAAGAAAAAAAAAACUAGCCGUUGGAGUCGCCAAUACUUCCCUCUCCCACUUGAAUCGGAAAAUAGGUCGUUGUCUGAAACAUAACGUUCCAAUCUAACCAUCAUCCUCUAAUAACCCUUCAGCAGCAGCUGUAUGUUUCUGCAUCCAAGAAAAUAGAAAUUUUUCCCAAAGAACAAAUAUACUUACUUCUUUAGGUUCCAAGAACCAAACAGAAGAAAGAAGUGGGUUUAAGAAAUGGGUGAAUCGACUUCAGCUUGUCUUGUAUGGUCCUUCUCUCAACCUUCUCAAGAACGCAGUGAGGGAGACCCUUUACGUGCACUAACAGCAUCAGUAUCAUUCGGAAGAUUUAUGAAUGAAUCCCUGGCUUGGGAGAAGUGGUCAUCGUUUACUCACAAUCGGUAUCAAGAGGAAGUUGAGAAGUACUCAAGGCCUGGUUCAGUUGCUGAGAAGAAAGCUUACUUUGAGGCUCAAUUCAAGAGAGCAGCUGCUAAAAAAGCAGCAGCUUUGCUCGAGCAGCAGAAUGCAGCAGUUGGUGUGUCAACUGAUCUGAAUGUGACAAAUCAAAUCAAUGUUCAUUCCACAGUGGACUCUGAGUUGACAGGGACUAGCAGUUAUGUGGGUGCUGAUGAAGCACAGAGAGAAGAGGGGGAUGUGACAAAUCAACCCAUUGAUGAUUCCCCAAUGAAAUUUGAGUUCACAGAGAAUGGCAGCUAUGGGGUCACUGAAGAAGCACAGGGAGGAGAGGACCAUCUAAAUGUGACAAAUCCAAACCUUGACCAUUGCACAACCUGCUCUGAGUUGCCAGAGAAUAGCAGCUAUGUGGGCGUUGAAGAAGCGCAGGGAAAUGAUGGGGAUAAUACAUCUUCUUUUGGCAGCUAUGCUACUCACGAAAAAAGUAACUUAGAACUUGCUGAGACUGAAAACUCAGCAGAACAAUCUUAUCCAACAGAGAAUGAAGUCAAGUCAUUGAAUCAGGCGGAAAAUGUUGUUGUAGAGGUCAAUGAGAAUAUAGUCCAACUGAAGAAGAAGAAGAAGAAGACGCAAACAAAGAAUGCUUUUAUGGCGGGAGACUCUGUGCUUUCACUGAAGAAGAAACCACUGUCCUCAACGAGUAGAUUAACAAAUAACAACGAAUCAUCAAAGUUGAGAUCUCGUGUCAAACCGAUGACAACUCUGCCACUGAAAGUGACUGAUAAUAGAAAGAAUGGAAAAGACUUGAUUGACAAAAAGCGGUCAAAUCCAAAAUCUCUUCAGACGCUAAUCAAAUUUUCUUCUCACAAAGAGGAAACAAAUAAAACAUUGUCUCCAAUUCUUGAGAAGAUAGUGAAUUCAAGACUUGUCAGAUCCGUCACCAAAACAUCUAAAGACGGCAAAGUUCAAGAGACUUCAGCUCUGGCAUCUGUAAGUGGGAUAUCAAAGCGCAUUUCUGAAACCCCUCAACGAGAAAAUAGAAGGACUAGAACAAAGCUUGACCAACCAUUCUGUAGAAGCGACACAGAAAAGGGUGAAUUGCUAUCACACUCAGGAAAUUUCGAAUCAAUAAACGAGAAUGGAAACAGAACAUGUUCCCGUACUGUAUUUUCUCCUUUCAGCUUAAGAAGUGAAGAAAGAGCAGCAAAACGAAGAGAGUUCUUUCAGAAGCUAGAACAAAAGCCGAACACAAAGGAAGCAAAAAAGCAGCAGUUACAUGCAAAACCAAAGGAGAAAGCCACCAGCAGUUCUAAAGUGCUUAUAUCAAGAGCUAAACCAAAUCCAAGCAUUCAUCAUGAAAGAGAAUCAUUUACCAAUCAAACGAAAAAGGAGAAAGCCACCAGCAGUUCUAAAGUGCUUAUAUCAAGAGCUAAACCAAAUCCAAGCAUUCAUCAUGAAAGAGAAUCAUUUACCAAUCAAACGAAAAAGGAGAAAGCCACUAGAAGUUCUAAAGUGCUUACAUCAAGAGCUAAACCAAAUGCAGGCAUUCAGCUUGAAAGAGAAUCAUUUGCUAAUCAAACGAAAAAGGAGAAAGCCACUAGUAGUUCUAAAGUGCUUACAUCAAGAGCUAAACCAAAUGCAAGCAUUCAGCAUGAAAGAGAAUCAUUUACUAAUCAAAUGAAAAAGGAGAAAGCCACUAGUAGUUCUAAAGUGCUUACAUCAAGAGCUAAACCAAUUGAAAGCAUUCAUCAUGAAAGAGAACCAUCAAGUAAUCAAAUGAAGAAGGAGAAAGCUACUAUUUGUAGGUUUAAAGAGCUUACAUCAAGAGCUAAACCAAAUGCAAGCAUUCAUCAUGAAAGAGAAUCGUCAAGUCAUCAAAUGAAGAAGAUGCCGCAGCAACCUUGCUCGCCAAAACUCAGUAGGAAGCCAGUGUCAGAAGUCCAGGACAACAAAAGUCGACAACCCUGGAGGCUUUUGGGGAAACCUUAUGGAUCAAAAGAUGUUAAAAGGGAAAACAACCUUCCAAAUCAUUUCCCAGUGAAAGGUAGAUCACACAAUCCCAAAUCAUUUAUCAGUGGGAGUACGCAGGAAAAUGCUUCGCCAAAUAUCCAAGUUUAAGACAGCUGCCGAUCAUAAAGAGCAUUUUCUGCAUGUUAUAUAAGACACUGCUCCAAAUGUCUAAUUCAAUAGGGUACCCAUUGUGUUUCCAGUCGAGUGGUGAAAUUCUGCAUGUUAUAUAAAUAUUAUAUAUGGUUUAAUUCUUGGCUGACUUUGUCAUUUCUUUUUAAUAAUAUUAAUUUUGGCAUCUUAUGCAGCUAAUACAGAAUAAAGAUAAUGAUUGAGUUUGUGACAGGACCAAAAUCAAGCUUCAUGGUAUGGCACCUAUGUUACAGAAUAAAAACAUUGAUUUUCUGGAGAUUUUAUGACUGGGCCCAAACUCCAGCAAUUUCUCUUUCAAAUCUUGGAAAAACCUUCAUACUAGUAACAAUUUGCAGAAGCUCC